AUGAGACAGACAAAUCAGACACGGGUAACAGAGUUCCUCCUUCUGGGACUCUCUGAUGACCUGCACACCCAGCAGCUGCUAUUCAUCCUUUUCUUGGGUGUCUACCUGGUUACUGUGCUUGGGAAUCUGCUUCUCAUGUCCCUUGUUUAUGCCGACUCCCGGCUGCACACACCCAUGUAUUUUUUUCUCUGCAACUUGUCUCUGGCGGACCUUUGUUUCUCUACCAACAUAGUUCCUCAGGCCUUAGUCCACCUACUUUCCAGGAAGAAGGUCAUUUCCUUCACUCGUUGUGCAGCUCAGCUUCUUCUCUUCCUCAUAUUUGGAUGUACACAGUGUGCCCUUCUAGCAGUGAUGUCCUAUGAUCGGUAUGUGGCAAUCUGCAAUCCUUUGCACUACCCCAGCAUCAUGACCUGGAAGGUGUGUGUCCAGCUGGCCACAGGAUCAUGGACCAGUGGCAUUCUGGUGUCUGUGGUGGACACCACCUUCACAUUGAGACUACCCUACCGAGGCAGCAACAGUAUUGCUCAUUUUUUUUGUGAGGCCCCUGCACUGUUGAUCCUGGCAAGCACAGAUACCCACACUUCGGAGAUGGCCAUUUUCCUUAUGGGUGUUGUGAUUCUCCUCAUACCUGUUUCCCUAAUUCUGGUAUCCUAUGGCCGCAUCAUAGUGACUGUGGUCAAGAUGAAGUCAGCUGCAGGGAGGCUCAAGGCGUUUUCUACCUGCAGCUCUCACCUCCUGGUGGUCAUUAUUUUUUAUGGAUCAGCAAUUGUCACCUAUAUGACACCCAAGUCUUCCAAAGAGCAAGAAAAACUGGUCUCUGUUUUCUAUGCAGUGGUGACCCCCAUGCUUAAUCCCCUCCUCUAUAGCCUGAGGAACAAGGAUGUGAAGGGAGCUCUGAGGAAAAUAGCCACAAAGAAUUUCUCAUGCAGGCGUGGAAUCUCCUGCUGA